AUGGAUAGCGAUGGUCGUGAUAUGGUAAACGUAGGCACGUCCAAAGUCGAGGAGAAACCGCAGUGCUGUGAAGUAAAGAUUGUUUUCCCCACAAACGUUCAGGCACAGCAAGCGAUGCAAGUUCUCGCUGUGGAUCCAGAGCCAACCAAUCGUGUUGCGAAAAAGUUCCGGAUUUUGCAAGAGGUAGAUCCAAAAAACAACAAGAAAUACUGCAUGGCCGUUCGAUUCGAGUCCAAUGAACUUAAAAUGUUGCGUGUGGCCGUCAGUUCAUUCCUCGACUAUUUGGCACUUGUUAUCAAAACGAUGGAAGAAUUUGAUACAGGAAUGGAAUCAUAA